ACCUCCAUGAAGUAUUGCUUCGUCCAAGAUGCCACCACGUUUAUUCCCCGUUGUAGGGUGGUCGUCAUGAUCUCUCGGUCACUGUGUCAAGCCCUUGGUGAUGCCGGCCACCUCAUCGUGGCACCAAGGCCCAGCACCCCGUAUUGUCGGGGGAAGCCAGGCGCCAGCAACGUUCGCCACUUGGAGAACUUUGCGGCGCCCGGCUUACGGCAUCACACAGUACCAGGGCCUGCCGCGCCUUGCUGGGACACAGUAUUAUCCUUGUCGGUCUUGGGGCGCGUGUUACCGCGCCAUCAGCAGUAUCAUCCGCACCAAGUUACUGCUUAG